GUGAAACGUGACCAUGACGACGCGCGUACUCACGUCACCGGUUCACCUGUGCCCUGCCGAACCUGUUUAUCCUGCUUACCCAAGAGAAGUCGUCAGGUCCGUGUUUAUAACGAGAAAUAAGUCAUUAUGUUGAACUGGGGGCAUAGUAUACGGAACUGUUUGGAAAUGUCUGACUUUUAACGAUUGUGUUAUAUCGACUUAUGGUGCCUCGGACUUCGACCUAGUUUUACCAUCCGUAUCAACGAGGAAGUAGUCGAAGCCGUUGAACUCAGGUGUAUAACGCUAUGCCAGACCCAGGAAAAGUGAUCGAAUGGGCACAUUUCUUUAUAUACGACACUUAAGAUAGGUGGAAAACUAGUUUUUAUAUUUCAAAUCAGAACAACAAGUGUAUUUUUCGAGCUUGGGGACAUCCUCAACGACACCGGGGCCAAGAUGAACGCCUCGGCAUUGGAUCAAUACACCCAAAACGAGUCCUUUGUUCACCUGCCAGCGCCCAUCCUGCCAGUUAUGUCGGACGAAUCCAACAUGACUAUUCUUCGGGACGGGAAUGGGACCAUCCUGAAGGGUCAUCAAAUCUUCCUAAACACCAUGACCGCUCAGGCCCUCUCGGGCAUUUUCGUGUGGUCUGCGUUGCUUAUUACCUGUCACCAGAUAUACACACACCUGCGGUCUUACACGGUGCCAAACGAACAGCGCUACAUCAUCCGCAUACUGUUCAUCGUGCCCGUGUACGCCUUCGACUCCUGGCUCAGCCUGCUCUUCAUCAGCAACGACCAGUACUACGUCUACUUUGACUCCGUCCGUGACUGCUAUGAAGCAUUCGUCAUAUACAAUUUUCUGAGCCUGGCGUUCGAGUACCUCGGGGGAGAGAGUGCUAUCAUGUCAGAGAUCCGAGGAAAACCCAUACAGUCAAGUUGCCUCUAUGGAACCUGCUGUUUGUUUGGAAUGAGCUAUUCAAUUGGCUUUCUACGAUUCUGUAAACAGGCUACCCUUCAGUUCUGCGUGGUCAAGCCCAUCAUGUCGGUCAUCACCAUCAUCCUGCAGGCGGAGGGCAGGUAUCAUGAUGGUGAUUUCAGCGUCAACGGAGGAUACCUGUACAUCAGCAUCAUCUACAACUUCUCCGUCAGCCUGUCCCUCUACGCCCUCUUCCUCUUCUUCUUCGCCACGAGUGACCUGCUCCGGCCCUACGAACCGGUGCUGAAGUUCCUCACCAUCAAAUCGGUCAUCUUCCUUUCCUUCUGGCAAGGCAUGGUGCUGGCCCUCCUGGAGCGCUGCGGCGUGAUCCCCAACGCGCGGCUCAUCGACGGCCACGAGGUGGGCGCCGGCACGGUGGCGGCGGGCUGGCAGAACUUCAUCAUCUGCAUCGAGAUGUUCUUCGCCGCCAUCGCCCUCCGCUACGCCUUCGCCUGCGACGUCUACCAGGAGAAGAAGAACGAAAUACCAGCGAACAACGCCCCCAUGCAGAGCAUCUCCAGCGGCCUGAAGGAGACCAUGAACCCGGGGGACAUGGUCCAGGACGCCAUCCACAACUUCUCGCCCGCCUACCAGCAGUACGCCCAGCAGUCCACGCAGGAGGUGGUCCAGCCCAGCCAGACCGCCAAGCAGGGCCCCGGGAGCAACGGCAAAGCCCCGCGCAAAUCGGACAAGAUCAUGCUCAUCACCUCAGACGACGACUUCUAAAAUUGCACGUUGCGUUCGUCCCGUCAGCCAUGCCCAAGGCCCCCCCCCCCCCCCCCCCAACCGUGCUCCUCCCCCUGCUUCUCCCCCCUCCGCCCCCCCCGCUCCUGCUCCAUUUUGUUCAACUGCCGUAUCGAGGAAGAGCUUGCACGGCUGCUGUACCUUUUCAAUACUCUGGAGCAGCGAGGGGCGCCAUUGUGUGUCGUCUCACUACAAUGCGAUUCACGCGGAGAGCAGAGCAGGGAUGACGGGUCCAGCUCAACAAUGAUUAUUAGAAGGGAGGGGAGAAUCGCCUCAUUUAAACCACGGAGGGACCAAGUCAGGGAUAUAUACGAUGCGUCGUAUUACAACAAUGUAUCGAUAACAUGAGUGGCCAAAGGAAGACCGUUCUGCCUGACUCUUGUUGUUUCCAUGAGGUUUAUGGCCAUAUGCAGCCAGCAUAGAGGAUGGACCGGGAAAGUGGUCAUGGCAAGGUCUGAGUCCUCCUGGCCCUGAUCUCUCUCUCUCUCUCUCUCUCUCUCUCUUGCCUCUCAUCUCCUCGUUUUGAAGUGUUUGGUUCCUUCUGUGGGGCUUCAUCUGACAGGCGAGAUGAUUCUGUCAAAAGGGGGCACUUCAAACCACACAGAUUUGGUGGGGUGGAAUCCUUUUAGUAGCUGGCUACAAGCGUGGGCAAAAUGGAUGGAAGCGGCUGGUCUCCCACCAACCGAAACAUUCCAGCGGGGUCCUCAUUAGUUUUCCUCAGCCCUGUGCAGAAGAAGCCUGUAGUUUGUUCUGCUGUGCUUGAGAGGGGUUUAACCAACGUAAAGAGAAUCAAGUCUCCUGGCAUCUCGCGGCAUCAUCUUUCUACUCCAUCCACUUAUUAUUUUUUGUAUUAUAUGUAAAGGAAUAGUUCUGAUUGGUCUGUUGUGUGAUUUUUACCUUGAAGAGAUAUUUUUAACUGGAUAUACAAAUUGUUUUGGUGCAAACUACUUUGAACAUAUACAAUUGUUUUAAGCAAAAUGUUGAUGUAAAUAUUGAAGUUUGAAGCAUUUUCAAAGCAACUAAGUAUAUGUGGAAAGUGUGGAAAAAAAUUACAUGUUUGUGAAUACCUUGUUUGAUUUCAAUCUGUCUUUGUACUGAAGUAAUGCAGGCUAUACAUAACUCUUGCUUCGGUGUGAAGUAAUCAAAAUUUCACUCGUGCCAUAGCUUUUUUCCUGGGAAAGCAGAAUUAACUUUUGAAGAUGGGCACAGUGUAAUUUACAUGAUAAAGAGAUGUUCUGUUUUUUUUUUUCCCUCUGACUGAUGUAAAAUAAAUAAUUUAAUAUUGUUGCUGCCAUGAGUGUGCUCAAAGGACUCCCUCUGUGUUUUAGGUAGAAAGGGGAAUCUUUAUUUAAAAGUACAAAAGGGACGUGGCUAAACUUUGGUUUAGCUUAUCUUGAGUACAGGAAGAAAUACAGAUUUACUUUAUACAUGUUGGUACCUCAUUGGAAUAUGGACAAUUUGUGAAUAUUACAAAAUCAAUUAAAUAAAUAUAAAAUAUAUAGGAAAGGACUUGAGUUGCUGUCGUUAAUAGUGUCACUGUUGGCUAUAAUCUUUGUACAAUUUUCUUUCUCUAGACUAAACAGUAAGCCUACCCACUUAUUAUUCCAAUCAUUUAUGAAAUAGUGUAGAGUAUGUAACUCAUCCAUAAAGAUUUAACCAAUAUUACCAAUACCAUUUUGUGGACAGAAGCAACGCUUUACACACAAUUCAUUAAAAAUGGUAGCAACAUUUAGAACACUUAUCUCUAAAAAUCCAGAUCAGACAUAGGCAUUUGCAAAAACAAAAGUGCUUGAAUGAUUAAAACAUUUCAAUUUAUUCAUGUUAUAAACUUCACCACAUGAGGUCAGCAUAAUGCAAUGCAAGGGUUUUUCCAAAAACGUUAACUUGUAAUUUGGUUAAUGUUCAAUGUGAAUGCGCUAAACAUUGUCAUGUAAACAUCAUAUAUACAAAACAUAUGUAGUCUAUUGGUCAGUCCUUAUAACUGAGCUGAGUGGGUCAGGGCACACAAGUCUUAGCAGCUUUAGAGGAACUUCCAGGUAAGAUUUUGUUAGUUACAAAACUGGUACCCACAUUAGUUCGACACAAAACAAAUAUCCACCAACACUUAUUUGGAAUUAAAAUGACAACAUGGAUUUAUGAGAGACCAUUAUAAUACAUAAACCAUUAUAAAAGUUGUAUUGCUAUGACUUGAAUAUAAAAUAUUAUUUAAAUAUCCCUAGCAAACUGUUCUUGGAGGGGAAAUGUAAAGUCUCUUGUCUAUAUAAAAAUAUAAAGUCUAAUUUAGUAAUUAGUAAACACGAUUACAUUUACAAAAUAGAAAACCGUUUGUCAAUAUUUUUUACCAAUGAUGAGACAACAUAGCAUGGUGGUAAAAGGGUGGAUUCAAAGUAUUUUAGGCAUCUGGUUUUGCAUAGAUAUUUAAUCUGCAACCUCGUUUCCAUGGGAAUAUUGUAUUGCCAUCGUCUUUUUUAUACCUCGAUAUUUUCAAUAGCAUUAUGAAGUUUGAUUUGAAAAUAGACAUAACGCGCAUGCAUAAAAAACAGUUGGACGAAGUGCUUAUAAUGGCGACCUUUCAGUCAGUGUGAUCUUCAGUUCGAGUUCUAGGUAGAGUUAAUCCAUCUGUCUCCAUACCAAGUCAUUACAGUACAAAUAGUCAGACAUUUUAGUGUGAAACGCCCUAAGAGAUUUCUGUUGGGCAUAGAUAGAAACAUUUCAAUGAAAAACAUACAAAGAAUCGUCUUUUCAAGAUCAUCUGAAAGUGAAGGAAACUUACCUGCUUCUAAAAAGGUCAACAACAUUAUCUAAAUUCAACAAGUUAUUGAUGACAUAAUCACACCACUCCCAUCAACUGUAAAAGAUCAACAUCUAGACAUAAAUAUAGAAAAAUAUGGAUGAAUAUAUAUAUAAUAUAUAUAACUCAAUAUAAGCGGGAGCACACACUGGAGUUGACUAACAGCUUAAAAGUGAAAGUACACAAGAUAAGAACAGGAGCACAGCAACGUCCCUGCGUACACGUCACAGCAGGUCCUUACAGCAGCAAUCCUCCCCACAGUUUUCUCUGCAGCCAUGGGAUCGAGGGAAGCACAGCUCAUGUCCUCUGAGCAAAGAGCAAAUGCUGACAUUUACAAUCUCUACGACUCACUCCAUUCCUUAAGUGGGAAUGUUGUUCCACAUAAAUAAAUAGAACCCCCCAAAAAAAAAAAAAAUCGAAUUGAAUUUCAAACCUUUUGGACGGUAAUUGUGUGACACUGCUGAGACUAGAGAUGGGUGUCUGUGGA